CCUCAAUCCUCAUCGUGUGACGUUUACGUUACGCUCCUUCGUAAAACUCUAAUCUAUGUAGGUGGGGUGUGUGGUUUCUGGUGCGGGUGCUUCUUCGAUGGACGAAAUCUCCGGCGAGCUGAAGCGGGCGGAGUCGCAGAGGGAGACCCUUUUCAAGGCGUUCCAGCAAGUGCAGUCUCAGGCGUCCUCUGUCCUCUCGUUCACGCUCCAGUGGAAGGACCUGGAGGAGCGCUUCGAUGGCAUCCGCGGAUCGCUCGAGCGCCGCGCCAAGGAGCUCGACGAGGGCCAGAGGUCGCUCGCGGAGCGUGCCCGCGAGGUCGAGUCGCGGGAGGACGGGCUGCGGUCGGCGUGGCAGAGGGUCGAGGAGUGCGAGGAGGAGGUCCGGAAGAAGAAGAUGGACCUGAGGUCGGUGGAGACGCGGCUCGAGGAAUGCAGGGAUGAACAUAGGAAGAAGGAGAGUGAACUGAUUCUGAAGCGAGACGCACUUACCGAGUGUGACUCUCUGCUCAGGGACAAGGAGGAGGAGCUGCGAUAUUUAAUGCACGCAACUGAUGAAUGCUGCCGGGAUUACGGUUCGAAGAAGGAGGAGGUGGAGUUGCUGCGACAGGAAUUGGACUUGAAGGAGAAGAAAGUCGAGUCAGUGCAGAGUUUGCUCGAGGAAAAUGCUCGUGAACUCGGCGCGAAAGUGGACAAGUUGGGUUCAGUCCAGGCAAAACUAGAAGAGGUUGCCAAAGCUCUUGAGUUGAAAAGUGGGGAAUUGAAUGCGGUCCAAGCAUCUAUCAAAGUCCGAAAUCUUGAGCUUGCCUCGAAAAAGAGACAGCUAGAGUCCAUCCAAAUUGAUAUUGCAGAGAGUGCAGAGCAACUCCGUUUGAAAGAGCAAGAGUUAGCUUUCAUUCAAACCUCAACUCUUGAAUGCGCCAAGGCCCUCGAGUCCAAAAAUAAACAAUAUGAUUUGAUACAAGAAUCCAUUACUGAAUGCUCUCAAGAGCUUGAGUCUAAAACAAGGCAGCUGGAUUCCGUUCAGAAGAGAAGCAGGGAAUGCGUCGCAGAGCUUGGACUUAAAGAAAAGAAACUUUAUAAGCUUGACGUGUCAAUUGGAGAACACUCUCAGCUACUUGAAAUGAAAAAGAAAGAAUGUAAUGAGCAAUGUAUGGAGCUGGAAUUGUUGCGGCAACGGCUUGAUUCAACUGAAAAAUCAAUUGAGAAGUGCUCCCCGGAAAUGGAUUUGAGAGAGAGGAGUAGUGGCCGUUCUGGGGUAAUGGCGCAAAAUUGGAAAGACCAAUAUGGACCUGUUCUGGCUUCAUGUGUAAAUCCUCAAUCCACAAUCGCUUUUGAUGGAAAGAAAAUGCAGAUGUUCAUAUAUCAACAUUUUCACGAGCUCAAUAGAGUGUGCCAUAAGGUGCUGGAGAUUAUUAAAACAUCAGCUAAUGCUGCAAAGUUGGUCGUAGAUGCCAUGGAAGGGUUUUACCCCCAGAAUUCAGGGAAUGGAGAUGAGUUAUUAGAUAUUGGGGUGAUUAGAAGGAGUUGUAUCUUCCUGUUGGAGAAUUUCAUACGAUCUUCAGUGGAGAUUAAGCCUCAGCAGAGGGAAGCUGCAAUGAAACUGGCUGUUGAAUGGAAAGGGAAGCUGAAAUUUUCCCUAUCACAGGAGUAUUCUUUGGAGGUCUGGGAUUUUUUGAAGCUUUUAGAGGCAUAUAAGCUAGCUUCUGCGUUCAACGCAAAUGAAAUUCAUGAUCUUCUCAAUUAUGUGUCACAGUUUCAAGUAGCACAGGAAUUGCAACAGGUCCCUGGCUCUUCAGCCGUGCCGCCUGGUUCUUUUGGAUAUAGUCAACAUUGGCUAAGAGAGACGGAGGAACCAGAAAAUUUUGCUGUGAGCAAUGCAGGUGAUUCUUCUGUUGUUAAUCCACCACUACCAACUGUCUCAGCUAGAAAAGAUAUGCAGCUUGUUCACACUGAGGUUUUGAAUGAGAAUGCUAUGAUAUGCAAAGAAAUCUCACAUAAACUGCAAAACUCAUCUGACCCUGCAAAACUUGUUCUGGAUGUUUUUGCGGGGUCUUAUACUCAAUAUUCAAACAGUAAGGAUAUGAAUUUGGAGACAGACAUUUUGAGGAGUCAAAUUGUUCUAUUAGAGCAGCUGGUGAGAAUUUCGCCUACAGUAACGCAUGAGGUUAAAGAAGGAGCGAUGAAGCUGGCUAGGGAAUGGAAAGCAAAACUGUCAAAUAAACCCGAGAGCGGUUUGGAGGUUUUGGUAUUUCAAAAUUUCUUGGCAGCAUACAAUUUGGUUUCUUUGCUAAAUGACAGUGAGAUUCUAAAACUAGCGGAAAUUGUGUCACAGAAAAAUGACACUUCGCUGCUGGGCCAGAUUACAGCGCACCAGCUAGCCUACCUGCUUCUCUCUCCAGAGUGCAUCAGCAGCCGCCCGGAUUGAAGAAACGUUCCGCUUCAGGGACCCGGAGAUCGAUGGUCAAUCCCAACCCCGCGCAGGUCAGUGUAAAUACAAGCUGAACGAUCAGGGGGAGGUCCUAUGUAAUCCUCUGCCGAAAGUAGGCCGGAGCUAUUUGUGUGGCUGACUCAUACACCUGGCAUUGCCGGACAUCUUCUAUGAUUUCCAAACCUGAGCUCAUUAUUCAAAUCGUUAAAGAACUUGACACAAUGUAUAUUGCUAUGACCUGCUUCAAUCUAAACUCGUUUUAAUAAUCAGUUUGCU